UCAUUACUAGCUGAUCUCUUCUUCUUCUUCUUCUUCCUUGUUGUUUAUUUGUUGAUUUACCGGCCAAACGCUAGAGACGGUUGAGCAGACUAGAGAGAGAAUGAGAGAAGUGGCACCGUUUACGGUGAUGGUUAUAAUGGAGGCUUGCACCAUAGCAUUGACGAUAUUGGCCAAAACGGCCUUAACAGGAGGGGUUAGCCCUUUUGUAUUUGUGGUGUAUACCAAUGCUAUUGGCUCAUUCUUGCUACUCCCUUUCUCUUUCCUUUAUCAUCGCAGGGAAAGUACACAACAGUCGCUCUUCACCUUCCCACUCCUCCUCCGUAUAUUUUUCCUGGGUUUAACAGGGAUUGCUAUAUCUCAGAACCUUGCAUUCCUUGGGCUAAGCUAUAGCUCACCAAUCGUUGUAUGCGCAACGGGGCUGCUGCUACCUUCUAUUUCCUUCUUGCUUUCCAUUAUUCUCAGGACGAUAAAGCUAGAUUGGAGAAGCUCAAGCAGCCAAGCCAAAAUAAUGGGAACUUUGAUAUCAAUCACGGGAUUCAUUUUUGUAGAACUAUACAGAGGCCCAUUCAUACGAACAUCACCAGUUUCCCUUUCCCGUCCGCUUCAAGCCAUACCUAAACUUCUUCUUUUCUACUCCACGCCAGAUCGUUGGGUUCUCGGCGGUAUUUUGCUCACGGCUGCUAACAUGUCAGUUUCAAUAUGGAAUACUAUUCAGGUAGAACAACAAAUUAAGAUCAAUGGGGACCGUCAACAUUAUCCACAAGUGAUGAAAGUGGCCUCUUUUUACAGCUUGGUUGGGACUAUCCAAUGUUUGCUGUUUUCUUUGUUUAUGGAGAGAGAUUUAGAUGCAUGGAAACUUAAACACAAGCGGGAUCUCCUUCUCAUUACUGUGACAGGAAUCUUCGGAAGUAUCAUCCGAAGCAACGUGCAUUUAGCGUGUACGAGAAUGAAGGGCCCUUUUUACGUGCCGAUGUUCAAGCCAUUCGGGAUACUCUUUGCAACAAUUUUCGGAACCAGUUUCUUUACAAACAGUCUCCAGUAUGGAAGUGUAAUAGGGACAAUAAUAGUUGGAACGGGAUAUUAUGCUCUGAUGUGGGGACAAAUCAGGGAAGCAGUACUUCGGAAAGAGCUCGACGUCGAAAAAGUGGAUGAUAUUUCAGACCUCAAAGCUCCUCUUUUGCAGGAGGAAGAAGAAGAUGCCCAAGUCUAGCAGCCUCUUCG